GUGACUCGCUCCAAUCAUCCCCCAAAAUCUAGCUGGCUAAGUAAAAGAAUGCAUUGCCUCUUUUGAUCGCAGAAUCAAUUUGGUAUCGAUAGACAACCCAUGGGCACAUAUCUCGUUUUGUUUGUGUCGACGAACGUCAAAAAAAAUACCUUUCUAGGUUGUGCUAUCUAAUGUUUUCCAGGUAGUUGGCUUAAUAGCCUCGAUGCACAGCACAGGGUUAGUUAUCAGUACAGUUAUUUAGCUAGCUAACGUUAGCUAUCUUUGCUUGAAGUGUGGGCUGCCUAUUGUGCUAGCUAGCCAGCUACCGUUAACAGCUAUCUGAUUUGCUGUGUUUGAAAUAUUUUCAUAUUUCUUUGAGUUGUCUUCAUUCUCAUCACCGGUGGAUAUGGGACUACUCUUUACCAAGCUGAUGACUGUCUUCGGAGACAGAGAACACAAAGUGAUCAUAGUGGGCCUGGACAAUGCUGGGAAGACCACUAUCCUCUACCAAUUCCUUACCAAAGAGGCGGUUCACACCUCCCCCACCAUUGGCAGUAACGUAGAGGAGAUCUCUGUACGCAAGACCCGCUUCCUGGUGUGGGACAUCGGAGGCCAGGAAAGCCUGAGAGCCAGCUGGAACUCCUACUACUGCAACACAGAGAUUGUUAUUCUGGUUGUGGACAGCACAGACCGCGAGCGCCUAAAUCUGAACAAAGAUGAACUUCACCGCAUGCUUGCACAUGAGGACCUACAGAAUGCUGCGAUUCUAGUUCUGGCCAACAAGCAGGACAUGAAGGACUCUAUGACUGUGGCAGAGAUCUCCCAGUGCCUCACCCUCAGCUCCAUCACAGCCCACUCCUGGCAUGUACAGGCCUGCUGUGCCCUCACAGGGGAGGGACUACCUGCCAGUCUGGACUGGAUGAGGUCUCGUGUCCUGGCCAGUUAGAACUCCUUCCGUGGGCUCAUCCCAAUUGGAACCAGGACAGCUAUCCUUUGAUCCAACAAACACAACCUCUCAGACGUCACAGCCAAAGCCACAGUGCCCAGAUCAGGAUCUCCACUAUCUGUAGUGACACUGCCCCUCUGAGCCCCAGGGGUGGCCCCAGUCCUGCCCUGUCACCCUCAUGCCUUACCCAGCCCUUAGUGUGUAUGCCAGGGCUGACCAGAGUCCAGGUCUGCUUCGGGAUAGAGGAGGCCUGGAGGAACCUGGCAGAACCUUAGCUAGACAUGCCAGGGUGUGCCAGUGUGCAUGUGCGUUAGCAUCUAUGUGUGGUGUGUGUGUGAGACUCCGUUCUAGAGGUCCACCAUGUUUACAUAAGAAUCCCUAGCUGUCAGACCUGACUCCAUGAGGAUGACACAAUAUGCCCCACAUAAGCUGAAAAGGGACCUAUCACAGUAUUUAAGCCUCCUGUCCUCAUGAACUCCACAGAGGUAGAAUGGGAGGUUGCAUUGGAUUUCUUUAACAUACAGAUUUGUACCUAUAGGAAAACCACAGUACAACAGGUUAAGAGGCCAGACCUAAUGGUGAUCAGACUGGUGCUCAGCCUUCUAAGCUAACAAUGCACAAAUUACUUGAAGUAUUUAUAUCAAAUAAGAAAAAAGGGGUUUGCUUGACAGUGUAAAAUAGUAGCAUGCUUUCUGUAAAAAGCAAGAUGACAAACAAGUAUUGUCUGAUUUUAAAACAGGUUAAUCAUGUAUUUUUAUAUAUAUACAGUGGCUAUGUAUUUUACAGUACAAAAUAUUUUUUUGUACAAAUAAAUGUUAUUAUUGAUAAACUGGUGACUGGGCUGCCUUCUCUGUAGUAUGGGAAUUACACAUGGAACAAUUUGGGAACGCCUGAACCAAUGAUGUAUAUACUGAACAAAAAUCCAAGUGCAACAAUUUCAAAGGUUUUACAAAUGACUGGGCAGGGCUGCAGUGAUGGGAGGGCAUAGGCCCAUCCACUUGGGAGCCAGGCCCAGUCAAUCAGAAUGAGUUUUUCCACACAAAGUGUUUUUUACAGUAAGAAAUAUUCCUCAAAUUUGUGAACAACACAUUUGAGAGAAAUAUGCUUUUUGUGCAUAUGGAACAUUUCUGGGAUCUUUUAUUUCAGCUCAUGAAAAAAUGGGACCAACUCUUUACAUGUUGUAUUUUUGUUCCAUAUAUAUAUAUAUAUGGAACACCCAUGUCUUGCUCCCAUGCAGAUUUUGUAUUUGCCAAGGAAGGCAGCUUAAUGUUCUGUAUUAUGUCUGAUUAGAUGUUAAUAGAGAGAAACUGCUUGCUUGUUUAAGGCUAAAGUGAUUUUGUAAUUGGGACCAGAUUUUAAUAUAACUCACAUUUCUAUGUACUUUUCGUGGGGUUUCCCGAGGUGCCUUAUUGCUAUUGUAAACGGGUUACUAACGUAAUUAGAGAAGUAAAAAUAAAUGUUUUGUCAUACCA